AUGGAAAACGAAUUACCUGAAAAUAUCAUCCUCGACGUUUUAUCAAGACUUCCGGUCAAAACAAUCAUCCGCUUCAAGUGUGUGUGCAAAAAGUGGCGUGAUCUUGUUUCCGAUCCUUACUUUGUUCACCUUCAUCACUCGAGAUCGCGUCCUUGCCUAAUCUUUCAAGAAUGCAUAUACGGAGACGCGAUUGUAGAGUUGCUAGAAGUGGAACACGAAGUUGAUUACCACAGUUUAACCCUCAAUCAUGUCAAGACCCUUGAUCUUAGUGCAGUUCGCACUCAUACACCUUACUGGAUAAUUCAAGUGGGUUCGGUCAAUGGUUUGAUCUGCUUGCGUCGCAAACGUGAUGCCACUUACAUAUUCAAUCCUGUCCUCCAAGAAUAUAUGAUCAUCCAUCAACCAUCAGAUAGGUUUUUAACUAAUGGUUUUGGAGUUUCAAUGGCAGGGGAGUAUAAAGUCAUCCGGAUCCGUGGUUGGAGAAAAUCCAAAUAUCUGGAGAAUAGAGUCACACUUGAACUAGAGGUUUACACGCUUGGGAAGGUCCAAUGGAGAAGCUUGGGACAAACCCCUUACAACAUUAACUAUACUCGGAAACUGGAUCCUGGUGUAUCUGUGAAUAGUCAUGUGUACUGGAUUGCGGAUGCCCAAAUUUACGAUUUUGAUUUGGAUACAGAGACAUUUGUAUUAGUUCCAUCCCCUCCAGGGCCGCAAGAUGAUCAAGAAUCCAAGCAAAUGUUGGGAGUCCUGAAAGGUAGCUUAAGUCUAUUUUCGUGGUGUUCAUUAGGAGGAUUCGAGGUUUGGGUGAUGAAGGAAUCUUGGUAUAAAGCGAUAGCGAUCCAGGAAAACAUAAACCCUGUUCUUAAAACACCCAAGUGGAAACCCUUGUUUCUCAUUGAUGGCUCAAAAGGUACUAGUAUUUUGAUCUUAAGUGCUGAUAAGCUUGAUAGAGAAAAUCUAGUGGCAUACUGUCUUAACACAAAUAAGUUUCUAGAUCUGAAUUUGCCUGGCAACUGCUUUGCGAGAAUGACUACGUAUCGUCCUAGUCUUGUUAAGCUCCAGAACUUUGGAUCUGAGAGAGUUCAUUCCUUCUACAGUAAUGACAGACCUCUUUGUGAAUAA